CUCACUCUUCGUGCAUGCAACUAUCCCCUCACCCUUACCAUUUUCAUUCAUCUCAGUGACUAAAGUUAUCAGUUCUGAUCCUCCCAUCCUGAACUUGUCAUAUCACCAACCUCUCGUAUCACCAGUCUGAAGAUGGAGGGGGAGGAUAUUGCCCAGUAUUCAUCCGCUGCCAGUGCCGCUCCUGACUCAUCUGCUGAGCUGGCAUCCAUUGUCGAGGAAGAGCUCGACCAUCCUGAUCGUGCCCAGCUAAUACAACACAUGUCGGGACUAGUAGGAUUAGCUGAUCUACCUACAGCUAGAGCUUUGCUAUGGCUUGCAGACAUAGACAUCCUAAAAGCACUUGUUGAAGAGACUCCUUUGACUAAUCUUAGUCGACGUGUCCAAUGCUAUGGUUUACUGGCUAGUUCUUCAGUUGAGAAAAUCCCGCUAACUUGGUUGACGCGGACUCUUGCCCUAAAAACCAUAGGCGACUAUCUAGAAAGCUCAGUUGCCACCACCUCUUCUAUGCCGGUCUCCGCGCAGACGACGCCAGCAGGAAAGAAGAAAGGAAAGAAGCGUUCUGUAGGCGAAAUGGAAGUCUCUGACGAGGCUAUAAAGAAGCGUGACGAACAAAAGAAACUUGAUUGCAAGAAAAGAGAUGACGAAAAAUGCGUUUUAUCCAAGGAUACUACCAUGGUGGUUGCCCAUCUCUACGGAUUUAGUCUACGUAAACUUCAGCCAAGUUCUUUUCCUGGCAGCCUUUGGUCGUUGUUGCGCUGCUUUUGGACGGAAGAGCGAGUCAAGUCUUGGGAAGACGCUAUUUUCCCGAAUGGUGCUUAUCAAGACGCUUGCUACAAUAUGCUGUGUCUAUCCCCAACUGCACACGCUUAUUUAGGAAAAGCGUACUUUGCUCUGAAACCAAUCUCAAUAUCUGCGGACAAGAAAGAGCUAGAAGUGCAAUUCUUCUGGCUAGCCUUUAAUUUCGAAAGCCGGUCAAUCUCAAUCCCUGUUGAGGUGCGCCCAUCGCUCUAUGUUGCUGAGCGGCCGAGGGAUUCUGGCCUAUGGAAUGUUCGCACAGGAGAGCCCAUCUGUUCAGGUGAUCGUAUCAUCAUGCGAACUCAUAAUCCCGAUACACACCCUUUGCCAGACUUGCGCAUUUUAGAAAUGCAGUGGUUUUUACAGAGAGCCUGUGCCAUCGCUGGGGCUGCUGAACCAAAAGAUGAUGAUGAUGACGAGGAUGAGAGAGAUGGUCUUAGGGCACUCGCUGGGCUUUAUGAAUCAGAUAUUGAGUCGGGAAGCAUUUGCUAUGAGUCAGAAGACACUGUGGAACCGAUUGACGAUGACAUGGAGUUUGUUCGCGAAGGGUAUCAGGUUGUUCAGCUUGAAGACGAGAAUGAUGAGCAGACAGAUGAUGAAUCCGCUCGUAGCGGCCAGGAAUCUCGCUCCUCGGCCCCUUCGUCUGUAUCUACUAGGUCGCACAAAGGUAUUCUUCCUACUGAACAGUCUAUCUCUCUUGAUCCCGUGGAGGAGGAUUCUAUGGAUAUGGAGGAUUCUAUCUAAAGUCAGUACUCACUUCACCGAGCGUCUUCCUAUUUUCAAACCAUUCGCUUUUUUCUUUCUCUAUCUAAAUUAGAUACCUCAAUUACUUGACAGAGGCGUUCCCUAGAGGAAAAUAAGCUGGAGCUGAUGUAUGUUACAAUACGC